UUCUCAGCACGACUGGCCGAGCACUCAAGGCAGCUGGCAGGGGUGCAGAAUGAGUACAGCUUUGCCCUGGUGGCUGCCUCUGCCCACCUGGAGCAUUACCAGCGUGUGGAGCUGCCCGCAGCCAUGCAGGCUCUGGAUGGGGACCUUUAUGAGAGGCUCCGGGAGCACUUGUCAGCUGCCAGCAGGACGGAGGUGGAGACCUGCCGGGCCACCCGGGACUGGUUCCAGGGUGUUGUGGAGGCAUCUGCACGGGUGUGCCGGGAGCAGGACCUGCUCCUCUUCCUGCAGGACCACCCCGCCUUCUCCCUGGCGCCCGAGCAGCGCUUCCAGCUCACAGGGAUGGAGGAGGUGUGCCUGCUGCCACCAGCAGACGAUGGGGCCAGCCUGGAGAAGGAGGCGCGGCGCUGGGCCACGCGGGUGGCCCGUGAGCACAAGAACAGGGCACACAGUGAGGAGGUGCUGCAGCGGCUGGAGGCCAGGCGCCAGCAGGGGCUGGAGGCGGAGGUGGCAGCCGUGGAGCGGCAGAUGGAGGAAGUGAGGGAGAACAUCCGCAAGGCAGAGGUGAGCCGAGUGGCCUGGCUGGCCGGGGCCAUGGGGGGCACAGGUGAGGAGACCCCCACAGGGCUGGACCCAGCUGAGUUCGAUGACUACGAGGACAGUGAUGAGCCCGAUGAGGAUGAUGAGCCUGGGCCAGCUGCCCGCACCUACCCCUACACCUGCCGGGUGAUCUUUGGCUACCAGGGCUGCCAGGCAGAUGAGCUGUCCAUCAGCCAGGGCGAGGAGCUGGAGAUCAUUGAGGAUGGGGACGCAGAGGAGUGGGUGAAGGCUCGGAACAAGGCUGGGCAGGUCGGCUAUGUCCCUGAAAAGUACCUGCUGUCCCUGGGGUGUGACUCAGGGGCUGGGCUGGGCCCUCCAGGCCCCUCUGCCUUGCACCGCCAGCUCUCCAGCAUCAUGGCUGCAGAACUGGUGCUGGAGCCUGGAGCCUGGCUGGUGCGAGCCCUGUACGACUAUGAGGGGCAGAGCCCCGAGGAGCUGAGUUUUCCUGAGGGGGCCAUCAUCCGGGUGCUGCCCCGUGCUGCUGGCGAGGUGGACGAUGGCUUCUGGACCGGCGACUUCGACGGCCGCGUUGGCGUCUUCCCCUCCCUGGUGGUGGAGGAGCUUACAGGGGCCCGGGAGGCAGCUGGGCAGGAGCUGCCAUCACCCUCCCCUCCGCCCUUCUCCCCUCCUGGCCUCACACCCGGGGCCAGCCUGGUCCCCAGCUCUGCUCCUGAGACAGCGCUGGGAG